UGAAGAGAGACUUUGAUUCUUUGGUACAUUUCAUUUGUUUCCAUUGUCGAUUUAAUUAAAUUUAGAUUUAUUUCUAAUUAAUUGUGAUAUUUAUUAGUAUUUAAUCAAUUCUCUACCAGUGAUACUCACCAUUUUCUCCAAUUAAUUCUAAACCAACAGGGUGUUUUCUCUUGUUCCACAAAGAUCAAAGGAAUUGGAAUUGUUUGUUUACAAGUUACCAAAGAGAAAUUAUUUACAUUUAAUUUCUCUUUUCUCUCAUCUUCUCUUUGGAUUGGCUAAAAAGCUACUUAUAAUUGGAUAGAAUACUAAUCAUCAAGGUGAUAUAAUGGCUUUAAAGAGAAUUAAAAAAGAAUUAGAAGAUCUUAAGCGAGAUCCACCUUCUCAAUGUUCUGCUGGACCUGUUGGCGAUGAUCUAUUCCAUUGGCAGGCAACCAUCAUGGGACCAACUGAUAGUCCAUAUCAGGGUGGAAUCUUUUACCUGACAAUUCAUUUUCCAACUGAAUAUCCCUUUAAACCACCGAAAAUCUCGUUUACCACUCGAAUUUAUCAUCCAAAUAUUAACAGUAAUGGAAGUAUUUGUCUGGAUAUUCUACGAUCUCAAUGGUCACCCGCUUUGACCAUUUCAAAGGUACUUUUAUCAAUCUGUUCACUUCUCUGUGAUCCCAAUCCGGAUGAUCCUUUGGUACCUGAAAUCGCUCGUCUUUACAAAAAUGACCCCGAAAAAUACUGUGAAAUGGGUCGAGGUUGGACUCGAAAGUAUGCAAUGUAAAUGUCCGGAAAUGGAAUCAAAAAAAAAAUGAAACAAAACAAAAUCAAUUGACACAUUUACACAUCAUCUUUUUCCCUACGGGUGUUUAUCCCAUGAAAACCAAGAGAUUUAAUCAUUUGGGGUGACCAAUUUUCAUCAUCUCUAAUCUAGUCAAUUAAUCAGUUUUAAUCGUCAUACAAUUAUCAAUACUUACAUUAGCUACAUUACACAUUUAAUCAUCUUAUCCAUCCAAAGUUAAUUACAACACUCAUCUUUACCAAUCCAUAAUCAAUCAAACACUCACCCACUUACAUUUACACCGAAAAUAUUAUUCUCAUCUUACCUCAGUGCUUCUAAUUGUAUCCUGAUCAUAUUCUUGGUGCGAUUUAUUUUCUUAUAUUUGAUUUGGAACCAUGGCUUUAAUUGUGAUCAUCUUUUGAUCGAUUUUUGUUCAUUGCUUAACAAUCAAUUUAAACAAUUAAUUUAUGUCAUUUUUUUUUAUUUUGUAUCUUUGAUUGUACAUUGUAUCUCUUGAGAAAAUUUUUACAUUGAGUGUUUGUAUAUGUGAGUGUAUGUGUAUCCAUUUUGUAACAAAAUAGUAUAUAUAUAUUGUAUAUCUGAAUAUUUUUCGUUUGAUGUGUUAUAUUUAUGAUUGGAAGUCAUGAGAGAAACUUAAUCAUCAGCUCAACAAUUAACAAAUUGACAAUCAUCUUUGGCUUCUCUUUUCCCCAGUGUGUGUUUAGCGUUUUACUCAAAUUCGGUGAGAGUGUAUCAAUUUACCUGUUCAAUGAGCAUUCAAAUUUCUUUUCUCCUUUUUUUUUAAUUCUUCUCACCCAAAAGCUAUUCAAUUCUUUCUCUAAAAUUAUUAUAUUGUAACAACAAUUAAUUUCUACAAUUCUUGUGAAUAUAUAUCAUCAUGUUUACUUGUGA